AGUUCUGUCAGGUUCACACAGAUCAGACUUUUUGUGUGUGUGUGUGUGUGGUUGUUUUUUUUUUUUUUUUUAAAUAGAAAUAAUUAGUAAUAGUUGAUGGGACCAUUUCAGAACUGAAAUGACUCCAUAACAGCACAACUCAAUAUUCCACCCAGAAGAUAUUUUCUUUUCUUUUUUUUCCUUCGAGGACAAUAAUGGAAACGAAGACCUGAAAGACUGGUGUUGUGCUGGGUGUGGAUUAACAACAUACUGACUUGUAUUUCGACUUAGUUGCCCAGGUUUCAUGUUUAUUCUCCUGAGAUUCUUGUUGCAGCCUGCGUAAAAAAGGAAUCGCUGGAAAAAGUAAUGGCACUUAAUGGAGAUCUUGGCAAACACGGCCUGGAAGGUGAUGCAAUCCUGCAGUUCCUGACAAAUGGAGGAGACUUGACCAAGGUGAAAUCCAGCAAAUGGAAGAAGAAGCGCCACUACAGACUGAUGGAAGACGGCAGUACCAUAUGGAAAGAGACGCACAAGGGCUUCAAGAAAGACAAAACCUUCUCCAUCAAUGACAUUGAGUCAGUCCGUCAUGGCCGUCAGUCCGAAGGCCUGCAGAAGUACACGGACAGCACGGUGGAGGAUCACUGCUUUUCCAUCAUCUUCAAAGGCAAACGCAAGAAUCUCGACCUGAUAGCCAGCAGCAAAGAGGACGCCAAGAAGUGGGUGAUGGGGCUGGAGAAGGUCAUCACUAACAUGCGCAACCUCAAUUCACAGCAGAUAAGUGAACACUGGAUCAUCAGCUGCAUGCGGAAGGCAGACAAAAACGGCGACAACAUGAUGACCCUGAAGGAGGUGAAGAGCUUCCUGCGCCAGAUCAACAUCGAGGUGGAUGACAUGUACGCCGCCAUGUUGUUUGAGAAAUGUGACACAUCAAGGUCAGGAACUCUGGAGGGAGAAGAGAUUAAGAAAUUCUAUGACCUGCUAACGGCGCGUGAGGAAAUCAACGUCAUCUACGGGAGGUACGCUAAGACCGGUGGUCAGAUGAGUACAGACGACCUGGUAAAAUUCCUGCAGCAGGAGCAGAGGGAGACGGCGUCUCAGGAGGACGCACUGAAGCUUAUAGACAAAUAUGAGCCUGAUUUUACAGCCAAGCAGAAUAAGCACAUGACCAAAGACGGCUUCCUGGCUUACCUGACCCAUUUGGAAGGUUUCAUCUUCAACCCCGCCCACAUUAAUGUGUACCAGGACAUGAGGCAACCAAUCAAUCAUUACUUCAUCUCCUCCUCCCAUAACACCUAUCUGAUGCAAGACCAGCUCAAAGGACCGAGCAGUACCGAGGCCUACAUCAGAGCGCUGUUAAAGAGCUGCCGCUGCGUGGAGCUGGACUGCUGGGAUGGGCCUAACGGAGAGCCGGUCAUCUACCACGGCCACACGCUCACGUCCAAGGUGCUCUUCAAGGAUGUCAUCAAGGCUAUCAAUGAGUACGCCUUUAAAACAUCUGAGUAUCCAGUCAUCCUGUCUUUGGAGAACCACUGCUCAGUGGAACAACAGAAACUCAUGGCUCACCACAUGACCUCCAUCCUGGGCAGUGCUCUUCUCACACGCCCACUGGGGAAAGAGAUUCCCAGCUCCUUGCCGUCGCCGGAGGAAUUAAAGGGGCGGAUCCUGAUCAAAGGCAAACGCCUCAACAAGCUGGAAGCAGCGUUUAACAACAACGCGGAGGAUGCGGACAGCGUGUCUGAAGAAGACGAAGCCGCCGAAGCCAAACAAGGCGAACAGGAGACCAAACCUAAGAAAAAAAAGAUGAAGCUCGCUAAAGAACUGUCCGACCUGGUGAUCUACUGCAAGAGCGUCCAUUUCAACAGCUUCGAGCAUUCACGUGAGAAACAGGCCUGCUACGAGAUGUCCUCCUUCAAGGAAAGCAAAGCCAAGAAUCUGGCGGAACAUUCAGCAACUGAUUUCAUCCACCACAACAUGGACAAGCUGAGCAGAAUUUACCCUGCAGGCACCCGGACAGACUCGUCCAACUACAGUCCUGUGACCAUGUGGAACGCAGGCUGCCAAAUCGUGGCUCUGAACUUCCAAACAUACGGCAAGGAGAUGGAUGUGAACCAAGGACGAUUCCUGCCUAACGGGAAGUGCGGUUACAUCCUGAAGCCUGAGUUCAUGAGGAACCCGGACUCUCGGUUUGACCCCAAUGCGCCCACAGAAGGACGCUGGUUCAGGAAGACGAUCCUGCAUGUCAUGGUCAUCUCAGCACAGCAACUCCCCAAACUCAAUAAGGAUAAACCCAAGUCCAUAGUAGACCCGUUUGUCAAGGUGGAGAUCUACGGUGUGCCAGCAGACCAAGCCAGCGCACAGACGUCCUACAUCAACAACAAUGGCUUCAAUCCAGCGUGGAAUAAAACCUUUAAGUUCCCCAUUCAUGUGCCAGAUUUGGCCAUAGUGCGCUUCGUGGUGGAAGAUUAUGACGCCGCGUCACACAAUGACUUCAUUGGACAGUACACGUUACCUUUCACCAGCAUACAGAACGGAUACCGACACAUUCCCCUGCUCACAAAAGGUGGCGACGUCAUCCCUUCAGCAAAACUCUUCGUCCACAUCAUGGUCAUGGACCCCUAAAGCACUGCUGAGUGCUGAGAGCAACCAUGUUUUCCACGGUUCCAAAAGUAGACCCUCUUAUACAGAACAAGGAAGACGAAUGACGUAUGCGUGCAAUGAAAUUCAGAGACGCCGAGUUAAAGGAGACUCACGGAUCUGGGUGAGGUCAAGUGAGAGUUUAAGGAACUCAGAAUACUGUAUAUUUAUAUCAGAUGUGAAGGAAAUGGCCAAUGUGUAAACUUUUCCUUUAAAAGAAGAGUUUACCUUCUUGUGAAAUGGCAGUUUGUAAUACUGAUAUUUCCUACUAAAUACAAGUUUAAACAUUUAAAGAGAUUAAAAACCUCCAAGUAAGUGUGUGCAGGUGUGUGCAGGUGUGUGUGUGUGUGUGUGUGUGUGUGUGUGUGUGUGUGUGUAGUGUGCAAGUGCAAUUGAAAACCUUAAUUUUUGAGUUAUGAAUUAGGUUUUAAUGUAACUGUUCUAAAGUAAACACACAUCACAACACUGCUUAUAAAUAUUUGCCCCCUUUUCUUUUCAUAACAGGAUAAAUACAGCACACAGGAACAUGAACAAUUUACAUUACACUAAACUUUGGGGGUGGGGAUUAAAAUUAAACAUCAGGAAUUAUAAGAAGGAUUUUGACAUGGGAUCUAGUAUGCCGAAUCUUUUUUUAAUUAAUUUUUUUAAAAAUAAUCAUUCUUAGUAUAAGAAACAUUUGCUCUAAACUCUAAAUAAUGUCUGUUUACUAUGUUUGCUGUUGGGGUCUUUAGUUGACAUGUAAUUUAUCUCUAAAUCUUCAUGUUUUUUUUAUAUUCAUUUAUGAUUUAUUACAGUUAAAAGGGGCCAAAUCCUGUUCCAGAGCUAUGAUUAUCAUGAGUAAGCACUGUGUUUUCCUGCGCCGCCAGUCAGGUUAAGGUUAAUGUCUGAGAAUCUUAUGAUCAUAUCAGGGUGUUUUCAUGUCUCUGUUUACUGUGUAUUUUUGAACUCGAAUGACUAUAGCACUACCUGACUCUUCUAAACAUGUUAUUUUCCUGGUAGAUGAGGUGAGAAUCUGUUCAACUCAGUCUGUAAAUGUUAAACCUGUCAUUGUUCAUUAUCUUUGUAAUAGGAGGGAGUCAGCUUCAAUGACACUAAAGAAAUAUCCUUCAACAUUACUACUCUUUGACAAAGUAUCUAAAUAAAACAUUACAAAGGA